AUGCAGCGCGCUCUCUCUUCCCGGACUUCUGUCCUCACGGCCGCCGCGAAGCGUGCCCCUUUCUCCCGCUCCAGCCUGAACCUCCAGCAGCAGCGUUUUGCUCACAAGGAGCUCAAGUUCGGUGUUGAGGCUCGUGCCAGCCUCCUCAGGGGUGUUGACACUCUCGCCAAAGCCGUUACCUCGACUCUCGGCCCCAAGGGUCGCAACGUCCUGAUCGACUCCCCCUACGGCUCCCCCAAGAUCACCAAGGACGGUGUUACUGUCGCCAAGGCUAUUCAGCUGCAGGACAAGUUCGAGAACCUCGGUGCCCGCCUCCUCCAGGAUGUCGCCUCCAAGACCAACGAAGUUGCCGGUGAUGGUACCACUACCGCUACCUGCCUGGCCCGUGCCAUCUUCUCCGAGACUGUGAAGAACGUUGCUGCCGGCUGCAACCCCAUGGAUCUGCGCCGCGGUAUCCAGGCUGCCGUUGAGUCUGUUGUUGAGUACCUCGAGAAGAACACCCAGCCCAUCACAACCGGCGAGGAGAUCGCUCAGGUCGCUACUAUCUCCGCCAACGGCGACACUCACGUCGGCAAGCUCAUCUCCACCGCCAUGGAGCGCGUCGGCAAGGAGGGUGUUAUCACCGUUAAGGAGGGCAAGACCCUGGAGGACGAGCUCGAGGUCACCGAGGGUAUGCGCUUCGACCGUGGCUACACCUCCCCCUACUUCAUCACCGACCCCAAGUCCCAGAAGGUCGAGUUCGAGAAGCCUCUGAUCCUUCUUUCCGAGAAGAAGAUUUCCGCCGUCCAGGACAUUAUCCCCGCGCUUGAGGCUUCCACCACUCUCCGCCGCCCCCUGGUCAUCAUCGCUGAGGACAUUGAGGGUGAGGCUCUCGCCGUCUGCAUCCUGAACAAGCUCCGUGGCCAGCUCCAGGUCGCUGCCGUCAAGGCCCCCGGCUUCGGUGACAACCGCAAGAGCAUCCUCGGUGACCUGGCUGUUCUUACCAACGGUACCGUCUUCACCGACGAGCUCGACAUCAAGCUCGAGAAGCUCACUCCCGAGAUGCUCGGCUCCACCGGCUCCAUCACCAUCACCAAGGAGGACACCAUUGUCCUCAACGGUGAGGGUACCAAGGACAUGAUCGCUCAGCGCUGCGAGCAGAUCCGUGGUGUCAUCGCUGACCCCGGUACUUCCGAGUACGAGAAGGAGAAGCUCCAGGAGCGUCUUGCCAAGCUCUCUGGUGGUGUCGCUGUCAUCAAGGUCGGUGGUGCCUCCGAGGUUGAGGUCGGUGAGAAGAAGGACCGUGUUGUUGACGCCCUGAACGCCACCCGCGCCGCCGUUGAGCAAGGUAUCCUCCCCGGUGGUGGUACCGCUCUGCUGAAGGCUUCCGCCAACGGCCUUGAGAACGUCAAGCCCGCCAACUUCGACCAGCAGCUCGGUGUCAGCAUCAUCAAGAGCGCCAUCACCCGCCCUGCCCGCACCAUCGUUGAGAACGCCGGUCUUGAGGGCAGCGUCAUCGUCGGCAAGCUCACCGACGAGUACGCCAAGGACUUCAACCGCGGCUACGACAGCUCUAAGAGCGAGUACGUCGACAUGAUCGCCAGCGGUAUUGUCGACCCUCUCAAGGUUGUCCGCACUGCCCUGGUCGACGCCAGCGGUGUCGCCUCCCUGCUCGGUACCACUGAAGUUGCCAUCGUCGAGGCCCCCGAGGAGAAGGGCCCUGCCGGUCCCCCUGGUGGCAUGGGUGGUAUGGGUGGUAUGGGUGGUAUGGGCGGCAUGGGUGGCGGUAUGUUCUAA